AAAUUUAUGCAAAAAAUAUUUCACCUUAUGUUGUUCCAUAGCAAAACCCUUAUGUGAGCAUUUAGAUUGGGCGAUGGGAAGAAAUAAACGUAAAUCAAGGAAAGUACGUCAAAUUUGUCAGCUCAACACCAACUCAAACGCCGAGUUAACUAGUAGUGACACGGUUUGGUCUGCACCACUAGAUGCGCGCAAAAAGCUGACCCUUAAGCGCAAAUAUCGAGAGUCAUGCAAAAGAUAUGAGGAAGAAUUCCAAAAGUUUACUCUUCUUAGAGAAUCGAAUAAUGCUAAAAUGCAUAAUUCUCUUCAAACUAAGAAAUUUACAACCCUAAACUAUAUUGACCCAGGUUUUGUUUUGAGCUCGGAAACUGAACACGUGUCCGAAACAUUAAGAGAUCCUCGUCCCCUAAGCUCGGUUGUAAAAUCUGAAAAGUGGCCACGACAAGUAUCUGAGGACUUUUUGGGAUCUCAAUCAUUCGCAGAAGCUAGAACAGCACGACCCGUGAAAGAUAAAACUGGUCAUGUUGAUAAUGAAUUCACAACUGCUUUCUCAUCAGGCAAUACUCAAAUGCAAGACAUGGCAAAGGCUGCUCGAAAGUUGACGAAACGCCGGCUGUGUGAUGUGCCGAUGGGAAAUGCCAUCGAAGACCCCAACGAGAUCAAAGUGACAAAUGUUUGCAGCACCGAAGAAAGCGAAGGUCUUUAUGAGGUUGAUCUGCAUGUUGAGUACAAGAUAAAGGCAGGGAGUACCAAUAAAGAUUAUAAGGAUCUCUUCGAUGAGUUCGUUUACCCUCAGAUGGACUUCGCUUACAUUUAUGAUCCGAGAUUCAUCUUUCCCCAUCACACGUACAAUUUGGCCAGACUGAUUAAUUUUCUGCACUCAAAGACUAACGUGAAGAGAGUCAUUUUAGAAACAAGCCCGAGACAGAGCACCAAAUCGCAGGUUUUAUCACUGAAUUGAACGCGCUCAAAAAGGGAGUUUUGUCUCUGGGCAUCGAAUUCGAGUUUUUCUGUGUUCCACUGGAUCUGAACAAGAAACCCUGGAUCCGAUUCGGACACAAGUGGAAAGUCUUUUUGGAUCGAGGUCUGGACGUAUUUACUGCCCCAGUAAAUGCCCUGGAGCGAGACAACAUGAGUUUGCGCAAAACAUUUGAGUUUGAAUUGUUAGCGAUCAAAUACAAGACUGACUAAAUGGCGUCUGAGUGGAAAAAAGCGUUUGAUAAGUGAAAAACUGAAACUGAUAGGUUUUUAUAACAAAACAACAGUCUUAAACUGACUCUUUUAAAACAACU